UUUCGCUGAUAACAAAACAUUUUAAUAUUUUACAGUCAACAAUAUCUCUAAAUAUAAUAAAAAUAAUGGCUUUUAGACUGAACAAAUUGUUUUCGGCCAAUUUGAUAACGACCAAUAAAAAUUUUGUCAGGUACAAAAGUCAAAGGAGAUCACUUGGAAAAAGCCCCCAUCUCGCCAGUAAUUUGGAACAACGCCUGGAAGUGAUGUAUUAUAAGGACCCGAAAGUACACUUCAAGGUCAAUAUUGGAUUUGCUGUACCGAACAAAGGAAGGGCACAUGUCGCAGAGCAUAUCGAGAUGCUGAAAGAGAAUAGGCAAAAUGCCGAACUCAAAGAACUUGCAAGGGAUAACAAACUAAUUAUUUCUUUGGAUGAAGUUGAAAAAGAGUGGGAGAAAACUGUCGCUCCUGUGCAAAUAAAAUCAAUCGCUGAGCAUUAUGCGAUAUAUGAGCAUCUUUUUGGCGAUGCUUACUUUUACCCCGUCGUCCCUCUGUCAGUGAAUUUUCCCUUUAAAGACGCCUAUGCCCCGGUUUACAGGGGGAACAUCAUUAAGCCAAUUAAGACAAUGACACCUCCUGAAGUUUCAUUCGAGUCCAAGAGUGAUUCGCUUUGGACGCUGGUGCUGACAUGCCCAGAUGGGCACUUUAAAUCAGAAAACCUCGAAUACGUCCACUGGUUUGUAGGGAACAUCCCAGGAAAUGAUAUCGGAAAGGGUGAAGUAGUUCAUAGCUACAUCCAAGCCCUUCCAUUGAAAGGGCUAGGAUAUUUAAGAUAUAUCUUCCUUCUGUACAAACAAGAUAAGAAAAUCGACUUUUCAGAUAUUAAAACAACAAAAUUCAGUGGAGAUAUAGAUGAAAGGAGCUUUUCAACGCUCGAAUUUUACAAGAAGCAUCAGGAUUACCUGACUCCUGCAGGUCUUUCCUUCUUCACUUCAGACUGGGAUGAAUCGGUGAUGGACUUCUAUCAUAAAACUAUGAAGGCCGACUGCCCAGAGUUUGUCUAUGAUUUCCCAGAACACUACUAUACUAAACAAACCUGGUUCCCUCUCAGGCAACCUUUUAACCUAUACCUUGAUAGGUACAGAGACCAAAAGCAAAUCGCAAAGGAACGUUUGUUGGUAAAGUUAAAAGCUGUGGAUCCUUUCAGCGACCCAUCCAAAGAGCGAAAAUUGAAAUAUCCCAAUGUAGUACCUUUUAAGCCUGGUGUCCCCUCGUGGCUGAAGAACGAGAUCAGGAAAGAGCGUUUAGGAUGGGCCAGAGCAGCGGAUAAGGAUUAAAAAAUUGUAAAUAAAAAGAAAUAAAAUGUUUGUAUUUAUUGUUUAAAUUCUUAAA